CACAACCGUUAGCACGUUGAAAGCAAAACGCCAACGCAACGGCGGCGCCGUGUGCGCAUGCGCGAUGCCGCUUCUCCAGGGCCGGGCGGUACCAGGCGGUGACGGCAGUGCAUGACGCAAGCCGCCCGGGCACGGCCAGUGCCGGCACCCGGAGCUCCGCCCCCGCCGCUGCUCUCGCUCGCCGACCUGCUUGCGGCUGUCAGGCACCGCCGAGCUCGGGUGCUGCUGCCCGCCUGCCAUCCCGCCGGCCCCGAGGAGAGACGGAAAGCGGCCAUGAAGAUCUGGAGCUCGGAGCAUGUGUUCGGACACCCCUGGGAUACAGUGAUCAAAGCUGCUAUGAGAAAGUACCCCAACCCAAUGAAUCCCAGUGUGGUAGGAGUAGAUGUCCUCGACAGAAGCCUUGAUAACCAGGGGAGGUUGCACAGUCACCGUCUCCUCAGCACAGAGUGGGGAUUGCCGAGUAUCGUAAAGGCGAUUUUAGGAACAAGUAGAACCCUGACUUACGUUGCAGAACAUUCUGUGGUGGAUCCAGUGGAAAAAAAGAUGGAGCUUUGCUCAACGAAUAUUACUCUCACAAACUUGGUGUCUGUUGAUGAGAGAUUGGUUUAUACACCUCAUCCUGAAAACCCUGAAAAAACUGUGCUAACUCAAGAAGCAAUUAUUACUGUUAAAGGCAUUAGCUUGAGCAGUUAUCUGGAAAGCUUAAUGGCAAACACGAUAUCUUCUAAUGCCAGAAAGGGUCGGGAUGCCCUGGAGUGGGUGAUCAGCAAACUAAACGCAGAAUUGGAGGAGCUGAAGUCAACACGUGAGGGCAUGAAACCAGCCAUGGCAGCAGCUUCAACAGAAAAGUAAAACCAAAAAUACCAAGUAACUGGCAGAAAAGUUUUAUGCUGCAGACUGCAUUGAAGAUCUCCUUUCCAAGGCUGAUCUGCAUAGAUUUUAUAUAUUUAUACGAAUAUUCGCAUCAGCGGAAAAGUAACCUCAUCUACCAUCUCUGCAGCAGCUCCUGUUGCCUACUGAAGAUUAAAUUGACCUCCUGCAGACGCUCUUUUCAUUUAAACAAUUCAUUUUUAACACUGGAAACAAAACAGCACAUUUAAAACUGCCUAGAUGUGCCUUUUAUAACAAAAGGAGAGAGUAUGUUAUAUUUACACCAUCUCAUUUUUUCGUACUCAAAACUUGAAAAGAACGCAUGUGUGGUAUUAAGAAUUUUCCAUGUGAUUGUUUGCUCUGUGAAGGGCUGAUUGAUAGGUACUAGAGCACUGAAAUUUGUCCGUUUUGUAAUCUGAUAGUGUUUUAUAAUAAUUUAAAGGGAACUAUCUGAGUCAGAACAUGAUACUGUAGAAUUAGAAAUCUAUCUAGAGGAUGAGCCUGAAAAGAUAAAACUUGUGUGGUACUAAUUUUUCUUAUGGUGUUUAAAUGUGCUACCUGUACAUGACACACAGAUGUUUUUACCUCUUAAAUGUUUCUAUCUAAACAAAGAGAAAGUUUCUAUUGAUGUUAAUAGCCUAAUUUUGUGUAUGUGUGUGGGGAGAAGGGUAUAUUAAUAAUUUAUUUUCAUAUUAUUAACUUGCCCUAGUUCCUCCCCUCCCUACGAGGAGAGGAGUAGUGAUUCCUGGAAGGUGCUGGAAAAUACUUCUCUUAUUUAUCUCUAAGAAAUGUAUUUGUAGGCUGCUUGAAUGAAGAGACUGUGCUGUUAGGCUGGUCCUUGCUCUUCACAUCAAGUCUCAACUGAGGGAGAGACUGACGCAAUAACCAGAAGAGUUGAAAAAAGCGGGAAAUUUGAAAUCCAAAGGGUACAGUUCCAUGAACUUCUCAUGCCCUGAGUGGAGAAAACAAGAGUACAAGGAAAACAAAUGGACUCACCUUUUUGAGUGCUUUCUACUAACUGCUGACUACCAGUGUAACUGAAUUUUAUCAACACUUUUCCACAUCGGUAGAAAACGGUUUUAGGAUCAUUUUAAGUGCUUCUCAUUAUCUAGAAAAAAUACUCCAGUAACUGCAGAAAUUGUUUCCUAUGAAACAUGCAGAAUUAUAUAUUGGUAAUAAUCUUAGCCUUGUCUGAUGUUCGCAACAUUUUCAUAUUUGGUCCAGGUGUAGUACAUGUUUCUUAGACAGCUCUUUAUUAGGGCAUUUUAACUUAUUUUUGGGUGUGCACACAAAGUGAAAUAAAUGUAAGGAUGUUUACUUGUGCGAGUGGCAAGCUUGUGUUUAGGAAGCUGUUAAAGAGCAUGAGUCACUUCUAGAAAACUAGAAGAAUAAAAUCUUGGUCACUGUUUUGAUCUGGUAAUUUUAAAGUGUCUAUAGCUUAAGGGAAAUUUCAGCAUUUUUAUUCUGGUUAGUUUGAAAGUGAGCAUUAAUUUGGGUGUAACUAUCAGUAAAUGACAUGAUCCUAAUGAAUAAACUUAAUUUAAAAAGAUGUAUAUAUAUUAGUCAAAAGCAAUUAAAUGAGUGGCUAAUAAUUACAUUGCUCUUUUUAUAUGGACCUAAGGCCUUUCUUGUUUUGGAACAGAAACUUAGAGCUUAAAGUCUGAUGGCAGCUCCUCUCCAGAAGAUACGCUGGGUAGCUUUGAUGUGGGUCAGUUGUGCUUCUCAGAGGAGUGAUGCUGCUUCCUGGAUAAAGAAUGCAGAUGAUGUUCCAGCUCCUGCUGGGAAGGGGAGUGCAGCUACGGCAGAGCUCUGCAAAGGAAAGGACGAGAUGAGUAAGUGUGUGUGCGUGUGGAAACCUGUGCUACAGCGUUUCCAUACAUGCCUCCUGGAGAUGAUGAAAGCAUAGCUGUCAAGCAGGGUAGAAAUGUCUUUGGAGAGGCUCAUGUAUUGCUUCGUUUUGAAAAAAGAAUUGUCUAAAGGUACUUUUUGCAUCAGAUUUGAAAUCAUUGCUUAGUGUUGUCUUGUGUGUAGCACCUUCCAGCACUAGCUGGUGUCCCAGAAGAGUCAGCAGAGGCUCCUACAUUCUGUCCAGGGCUGAACUCCUCUGCCAUAGCCUAGGGCCUGUACCAGCUAUGCAUCAGUUUUCUGGAUUACUUUCUGUGCACUUUGUUUCCUUCUUCCAGAAACAAAUCCUUACCUGCUUGUGUUGCAGUAUCUCCUUUCAGUUUCAUUCCCUGCUGUAGGUUUUGGGCCGCUCGCUCUCCAUGUUUCAUGCUGCUUAGGAAGCAGAGAGCUAGAUACUUUGUUUGCCAGUCUCUUUGAUGCUCCAUGUGCCAUGGAUCAGCACCUUGCCUGCUUGUGCUUUGUCCUCUUCUGCUGUUCUCUAGACUAGAUGGCAGUGGGGAGGCUUCGGCUAAGAAAAAGAGUAAUUCUUUUUGUUUUAAAAGGAAGAAAUUCCAGAGGCUGGUUCUGUUACCCAGCUGCCUCUCUCUGCUGCUGGACAGUGCUGCUGUUUCUCACCUUGUCUUUGGGGUAGCUGACACUCCGGCACAUCUGGGUUGAUCGAUCUUCCCGUGGUUGCUCAUCUCGCCAGUGCGUACAAAGGACCUUCCUUGCAGGCCGUGGUCACACUGGGAGCAGGUAGGCUCCGGUGUUUUGCAGAUCAACAGAUUCUUAAUUUCCCGUAAGCUUUCCUGGACACUUUUCACUCUUCUGCUUUCUGCUCAUCUGAUUUGCACAUGGGGCUCCCACCUUUCUUCUCCUUUGACCAUGUGAGUCUUCUCCAUGGGAUCUGUAUCUGUAUGUUCAGCCCUGCUAUGCAUGACACUGGUUUUGAAGCACUCCAUUUCCCACUCCAGUUCUGUCAGUGUUACAGUCGAGUUGACCUUUUGGGCAAAAAUCCCCAGCCCGUGUUUGAAAUUGCUUAUCUUGGUCUUGUACCCCAGUCCUUCCCUAGGGAACACCCCCCAUCUUUUCUUUAUUUACUGGAAAUGGCUCAAAAAUGUUUCUGAAGUCAGUUUUACGUCACAUGCAGUGUAUGAGAUCUCUGUCAAGGGCAGACAGCCACGUGUGAGAGAAAGUGCUGGGCUGUUUGCAAGAGGCAGCUUUUUGGGCUGGUGCAGAAACAGCCAGGUACGUAGGAGAAAAAAAUUUAUAAAGCAGAAAUGGUGUUAAGUCUAUAGGCAUUAACUUGGCAGGAUGUUGACCAAGCAGAAGCAAGCUCAGCACUUGUAACCAUGCUGAUCAAUGGGUAGCAAGUUCCGUUUUCAAUAAGAAUUCUGCAGAGUUGAAAAUAGAAAGUCGAGUUUGGUGUGUUGAUGGAGGGAGGUUGUUUGCUGCUGUUGUUCAGUCCACUGAGGCUUGCAGUUUAGUGUUUCUCAGCCAUUAGGCUGCAGUUUGAGGGAAAGGGAGUAGGGGGGGUGCGUGCAGGGUUUGGUUUUAAGAAUUGAUUGCCAGCGUAUCAGGGCUCCAGGCUGCUUAGAUGUGUGGCUGCUCACCUUGCCCAGUAACAACAGCUGCAUCGCACACGCCUGCUGUGGACUGGUGAAGCUGGGGGGAGCUGGUUUCUGACUGAGGGGGAAAACAGAGAGGGAAGCUGGCAGUGCCGGCUCCCAGAGUUUGGCAAACUGGGCACGUGAGCUCUCAGCCCUGUCAGAUUUUAAGAUGUUGAUGGUACCUGACUUGAGGAGGUAAGCUCAGGUUUCUGGUUGGUGUUUAUUUUUCAUGCUAGUGCAGAACAGGCUCAUGUUAGCAACAAAAGGUGUUAACUUACAGCAGUAUGAUCAAACGGUCAUGUGGGUCAUUGGUUUUGUGUAGCCUAUCCUUUUUUUUUCUGAUUUGCCCCAGUGCCAGUGUGAGUCUUCCAUGCUCCCCUGUACUACUUACUUAUUUUUCCCCACCAGGUCAGCAGGUACAAUGGGAAAAGGGUUGUAUUUGUUGGGAAAAUGGGCAAUCCUAGCAAGAGUUGCAGUAUUCUUGGAAGACUUGCCCAAUGGAAGUGAAGGCACUGAACUGCACCACUUAGCAUGUAUCGGGAACUGAUGUAUAGCACGUAUCAGGCAUUGAUGUAUGUGAUGAUGUAAUAAAGUAGCACUAAGAUGACCAGUGA